CACCAGCGGUACCGGAGCCUGCGGUUGCGCCCGAGGCGCUGCCCCCGCUGCCACCCAUCACGAUGGGCCCAGGUCCCCGGCUGCUGCUACCUCUGGUGCUUUGCGUGGGGCUCAGCGAUCUCAUACCUCCUGCGGGAGCGUCAGGCGUCCGCAAGCGAGGCCCGUCGGUGACGGCCAAGGUCUUCUUUGAUGUGAGGAUUGGAGAUAAAGAUGUUGGCAGAAUUGUGAUUGGCCUCUUUGGAAAAGUUGUGCCCAAGACUGUGGAAAAUUUUGUCGCUCUGGCAACAGGAGAGAAAGGAUAUGGAUACAGAGGAAGCAAAUUUCAUCGCGUCAUCAAAGAUUUCAUGAUUCAAGGAGGGGACUUCACCAGUGGAGAUGGCACUGGCGGUAUAAGCAUUUAUGGUGAGACAUUUCCCGAUGAGAACUUCAAACUGAAGCAUUAUGGCAUUGGGUGGGUCAGCAUGGCCAAUGCUGGGCCUGACACCAACGGCUCUCAGUUCUUUAUCACCUUGACCAAGCCCACCUGGUUGGAUGGCAAACAUGUGGUAUUUGGAAAAGUCAUUGAUGGAAUGACAGUGGUCCACUCCAUAGAACUGCAGGCAACUGAUGGGCAUGACCGUCCACUCACCAACUGCUCCAUCAUCAACAGUGGCAAGAUAGAUGUGAAAACGCCCUUUGUGGUAGAGGUCGCUGACUGGUGAUACAAUUGGCAGAAAACAAAGAAGAACACACUCUGCCAGGGGUGUGUGUGUGUGUGUCUGUGUGUUGAUUCUUAAAAGUUACUGUUUUGCUUUGUUUUUUAACUUUAUUCUGUUUUCUACCCCGGAUCACAGGAAGGUUAUAGAAAGCAACCACUCAAAGUUUAGUUAGCAUGAAUUUUGGUAAAUCACUUGUUUAGGGACUUUGCACUUAAAAGACAUAUCCCUUUCCUCCAAUGGUGCCGUUUUUAAACUAGAAAACUUUGUAUUGGCUAUUUUCUUUUGAAGAACACAAUCAUUUCUUUGCUGGAUUAAUUGUGACCCCCAAAUUCAGUGAUGCUGAAGAUUUGUCUGAAAAAAGAUGGGAACAAGAAGUUUAUUACUUUGUAUUCAAACAGAAAUUCUUUUCAGGUAAAGGGAGAUUUGAUUAGUAUUAUCUGAUAUAUGUCACAGGGAUUUUACCUGAUGAAAGGUGCUUUGGUAUUCUCCAUAUUAAAUACUUUUUAUGUAGAUCAAUUAUUUUUGCAAGACUUUUUUUUAACCUGAAGUGCUUUAAAACAAAAUGUACAAAAUAUAUGCAUUUUAAUGUUAAUAAUGAAAGAUUAGCGAGGGUUCUGUAAGUCAAAAUA